CCCUUGGGCUUGAGGGUGAGAGUAGGGUGCCAGGCAGGGGAAGAGUGGGCAUCGAGAGAGAUUUGCAGGAAAGGUGGGCAGAGCCCGUAGCUGCCAGUGAUUUUACCUGUGCCGCAGCUGGAAUCUCAAGUGCUCUCUUUGUGACCUUUGCCAGGCUGGCUGCGUGCAGGAUCCACGGCUUGGAGGAGAGGCUGAGAACAGGGAGAGUGUCCUCCCUACCCCGCCCCUCAUUGACGUGGAGGCCCUUGCAGAUAAUCCCACACCGCGUUGCCCUAGAGUGUUCUUAGCGGAUGCCCUCUGCAGUGUGCCAUCCCUGUCAGCCGGGAAGUUUCAGUCCAGCCCGGUGUUUGGAUAAGGGAACCUGCUUUCUGAGAGUUCACAUGUCUUUGCUUCCCCUUGGGGUUAAGGGAGCUGCUGGCUCAUUUCAAUGCUGUCAUCUUACAAAUGAGAAAACCCAGGCUGGACAUAGGGAGAGGGUGACACAUGUACUGGUAGCAGAGCCAGGCAGGGUCCAUGGUGCACCCCCAGCCCACAGCUCAGCUCCCCCGCCUCCUGUCCCCAACACCCCUCAGCACUCCUGCAAGCCUGGGCUCUGAGUCUUCUGAGCCCCGCCUGGCUGGAUUUCUUUUGAGUGCUUACUAGGGGACAAGGGUAUUAAAAAUAUUGCACAAGGUGCUACUAUAUUGGCUGAAGUGUUGCAGAGAAAAUCAGCUCUUGUAAGGAUGCCAAGCCCAGGAUAGGCUAGUGCGAGGAUGAGACAGUGAGGUCUGACCCAAGCGAGGCUUCACAAGUAGACAGCACGAGGCGGUGGGCAGAGGUGGGGGACAGGUUUGGUAUCUCUUAGGGUCAUGGCCUUGAAUUGCAACUCUCCCUCAUGCAGAGCCCUGUACCCGGAAAGGCAGCCAGAGAAGCAGGGACCCCCUCCACUCCCCCGUCCCCAAACACACACUGUGGUUCCACUCCCUUACCCCAGGCUCCCUUCUGGCCACGCCGUAUCACAGUUCUCUCUUUUGUUGGUCUACUUAUAAAAUAUAGGUGUAUGGACAGGUCGCCUGGCUGACUGCAGGCCUCUGUAUCUGGAUGCAUGGAAGAUAGGCAUGCGUGUGUCCCUGGGCAGGGGUGUGUGUGUGUGUGUGUAUGUACACAUGGGCGGGCACGUGUAUACAUGGACAGAUGUGUGUGUACCUGAGUAAGCAUGUACAUGUGCACAGGCAGGUGUGUGUGUACACAGACACACGUUGUGUACAUGGACAGGUGUGUGUGUACAAGAGCAGUCAUGUAUGUACAGGGACCUGUGUGUGUUCAUGCACAGAUGUGUGUGCACUUGGGCAGGCAUACGUGUGUAUGUGAGUAGGCAUGUGUGUACAUGGACAGAUACGUACAUACACUGGUGAGCACGCACAGGGACAUGGACAGACGUGUGUGUCCAUGCACAUAUAUGUGUGUGCAUGGACCGGUAUAUGUAUAUAUGUGGGCAGAUGUGUGGGUACAUGGACAGACGUGUGUACACUGAUAAGCAUGCACACAUACAUGAACAGAUGUGUGUGUCCACGGAUGGGCAUGUGGGCACAUGGACAGAUGUGUGUGAACACAGGCAGGCAUGUGGGUACACGGACAUAUAUGUGUGCGUCCACGGGCGGGCAUGUAGGUACAUGGACAGACGUGUGUACACUAAUAAGCAUGCACGUAUACGUGGACAGAUGUGUGUGUCCACAGGCAGGUGUGCAUGUGCAGUAUACAGGGUGGCUGUCACCAAGCUGUCUUCUCAGGAGGGAAGCACACAGCUGAGCCCAUGCCACCCACUUUUCCCGGGCACCAUCCAUGCAGCCCCACACCAGGGGAGGGUGUUCUGAGGCCACCUGCACAGCAGGAGCCCCGCCCUCCUCCCAGGUCUGGGUGACCUCGAGCAAGACAUUGCAGUCACUCGUACGGGUAGCGCCUGGACCCCCGGCCCCGCAGCUCUGAUUCACACCAUGGAGCCCAAGACCCCCGGGGCGACUGGCUGCCCUUUUCCACCUUCACCGCGCCACGUCCUUGCUGAAGAGAGACAUCUGCAGAAAGCCUUCCAGCAGCCGGAGCAGUGGCCAGAGCAGCAGCAAAGGCAGCAGCCGGAGCAGCACCAGCACCCUCCAAAUUGGGACUCUAGCCCUUUAAAUCUGCUCAGUUACCAAAAAAGAAGAGGCAUCAGACCCUGUUAAUUAAAGCUCGCCCUGGUCCAUCAUUCUGAGGAGCUGCAGUGGCUCUGCUCCUUCCUGAUGGCUUAGAGACUCUCCUUAACUCCCAGCCAUGGAUCUUGGAGAAUUUCCCCUGAGAUCAGCAGGAGAGUCUCAGUGUCUCCGCUGACGUUCCCUUGAUGGGCUCACAAAUCUUUCUGAGAACAUCGCCCUGGACCCCCCGAUGCGGCUGCCCGAGCAACCCGGAGCAGGGAAGCCUGAGAAUGAGGAAAAGGGGGGCAGAGGAGCCCCUGGAGGGGGAGAGGAGCCGCCGAGGAGCCGGGCCCCCGACUUCCCCACUUGGCAAGUCUUCUCCCCCAAACCCCUCCCGGAGAAACAAGCUUUCUCGAAUGUUUACUCGGGACUUGAUUGUUUUCAGCCCGCAGGGAGAAGAUGCCUUUCCACCAUGUGACCGCUGGCCUGUUGUACAAAGGGAAUUACCUCAACCGAUCUCUCUCUGCUGGCAGCGACAGCGAGCAGCUGGCCAACAUCUCUGUGGAGGAGCUUGACGAAAUCCGAGAGGCCUUUCGGGUUCUGGACCGAGACGGCAAUGGCUUCAUCUCCAAGCAGGAGCUGGGAAUGGCCAUGCGAUCUUUGGGGUACAUGCCGAGUGAGGUGGAGCUGGCCAUCAUCAUGCAGCGUCUGGACAUGGACGGGGAUGGCCAGGUGGAUUUUGAUGAAUUCAUGACAAUUCUUGGCCCCAAACUGGUGUCUUCAGAAGGUCGCGAUGGUUUUCUUGGAAACACAAUAGACAGCAUAUUCUGGCAGUUUGACAUGCAGAGGAUAACUCUGGAAGAGCUGAAGCACAUCCUCUAUCACGCCUUCCGGGACCACUUAACCAUGAAAGACAUUGAGAAUAUCAUUAUCAAUGAGGAGGAGAGCCUGAACGAGACCUCGGGGAACUGCCAGACAGAGUUCGAGGGCGUGCAUUCCCAGAAGCAGAACCGGCAGACCUGCGUCCGGAAGAGCCUCAUCUGCGCCUUCGCCAUGGCCUUCAUCAUAAGCGUCAUGCUGAUCGCGGCCAACCAGAUCCUCCGGAGCGGCAUGGAGUAGCAGCCUCCCCAGCAGCUGCCUUCCCGGCUCCCGCAUGUGCUUGCCCUGCGGGCAGACCCCUCCUCCGCAAAAGCAGAGACGGGACCGUGCAGAUGCGAGCACAGUCCAGCGAAGAACCCAAGGUUGCAGUGCAACCCGUGUUGUUGCAAACCCACUUCAUCCCCUUGGCAGGUACACAAAAGGGCUGUCUUCAAUGCUUUAAUGGUCUUGUUUCCUAAUGCAAUAAAUAAGCCAGGAGUUCCAGAUGACGGCUUCGACCACCUGUAGGAACUCUCCAGAGAAACUGCAUUUUCAUCUCGGAAUUCCAACGGCCAUCCAGGUUGGUGGCGUAAGAGAACAAGAGAGAGGUUGGACACACAGUCACCUCCGUGCCCCAUUCUUUCAACCCAGGGGUCGAAUGGAGACUCCUCGCCCCCACCGCCUCCCCAGGGCAACCCUCAGUCCCUAGAGGCUGACUUCCAGGUUGUUGCAGGAUUGGGGGCUUCUCAUCCCACCGCCCUGGCUUCUUUCCUCCACCCAGUGGAGCUUCACCCCCACCCCAAGGCAUGAGGGGAAAGCCAUUGAAGCGGGUGCAGCGCCCAGCCGUCUGCAGGUUGCACUCCCUUCGCUUCCGUUCUACUGCCUUUUUCUACGGGACUCUUUGUGGGCAGAGCUGGAGAGCUCUCGGUGGUUUCCGUAGGCACUUGGCUUUCUGUUCCUAGAGCCCAUCGCGCACCAGCAUUUUGGAAUCUGCAGAGAGCCUUUCUCCCAGCUUUGCCGCCUGUGCUGCCAUUUAGACAAAAAAAAAAAAAAAAAAAAAAAAAAAAAAGCAUAACCAUGGGCGUCUCUAUAACAUAGACACUCAGACAGACGUAUAUCUUGGGCUUCUGCACGCGUGACGUCAGUCUUUCCUCGUCGCUUUACUGCUGCUAGAAGCUUGUCCCCCCACACGCAGCCCUGCUCCUUGGGGACGGGUUUGGGGGAUGGUGCUGAGGAGACAGUGCAAGCCACACCCCAGGGCUCCAGAGUGAUACAGAGUGAUGGAGUCCAAACACGUCUCCUCCAAGUUCAGGUCCUUGUGCAUCUUCCUCUCAUCUUCAGAUUUGCUUUGUUGGUCUGUCUUCCCCAGACAGAAAAAGAAACACAGUCCCAAUCGGAGAGAUGGAGAGAUCAAACCCCUGUGUUUUACAGAACAUGUUCUGGCAGUCAGAUUCUGCAGCUGACUCAUUUUCACAACGAAACAAAGAGAUGUUAAUAAGCUCAGCCCACUCGACAGGUCAAUUGCUUCUGUGCGGGAAGGGAAGCCAACCCCAUUUCAAGUCUGUGGUUUCCUGACUUAUCCUAGAGGCUGUGUCCACCACCGCUAUUCAUUCAAGAUAGUGGAGUCUGAUUCGCCAGUGAUCUUCCGCUGUAAUGCUUCUCUCUGUACGUUUCCAAGCUCAGGUCUUUAUUUCUAGGAUGGAAUCUUCUCGCUCCUCUUUCAUUCUGUCGCAUCCCAAAGCUGCGUGCUUUGCCCUGCUCCCUCUUCCCUUUACAUUCAGGAUUGAGGCCCAGAAUCUUUCCUCUCGCUGCAACUGGGUGGUUUUGGGGUGCGGUGUGUGUUUCGAAGCCCCUCUCCAAGCCUCCCCUCGCUCUCCGUGCCCUCCCACCCCGCCCCCCAUCUGCUCAGACUUGGAGCAUCUGAGGGCUCAGCUUAGGGUCUUCUUCCAAAUCACUUCUGCAAGCACUUUGGGCAACAGCCUGGGAGCAGCUCUAGAAACUUCCCCACCGCAAAUAUUCACAAUGAGCACAAGUAAAACUAGGGUUUGAGCCAUAGUACAGAGGAGGGAACAGGUGCGAGCUCCCAGGAGCCUGGGGGUUUGCAAGUCCCUCUGUGCAAAUGCCUGAGAGCCCACACAUCCAGGUCAAGUACGGCAGCGGCCAGCCUGUCCCUCUUGCCCGCCCUGCCCGGCCAGUCCCCGCAUGUCCGCCUGCCCCUCUUCUCCCUCCCCUCCCACCCGACUCACCGUGGUCCCUCAGAACCAGGCUUCUGAACAAGAACAGGUCCAAACGCAGAACACGGAUACACAGAAGAAGUGCAUCUUUAGUUUCUGCCCAAAGCAGUGUGCUCUCUCUCUUUCAGCAGGACUUGGGUGGGUGGGACACUGUGAAUGACUUGGCCGUGUCCUCCAGGGCAGGGGGGAGAGAUCCCACCCAAGUAGAUUGCCUAGAGAUCCCAGGGGUGAUUCUUAAAGGACCCUGCCCUGUGAGGGGGCAGUGCUUCGGGGGAUGCUGGACUUCAGGGCCAAAAAGAAGGAGUCCUUUAAAGGCUGCAAGUUCUUCUGCCUCCGGCUGCAGAACAGGGACCUCAAAGGAUGUGAUUCACUGGAAGAGAAAUCAGUGAUUGUGCAAGGGUGGGAAUUAAAAGGCAUUCAGGAGAGGCACCAAAAGCCUGUUCCCCAUCAGGGGCUCAGCAUCCCAUCCUAAAGAGGACCCAUUUCUUCUCUCCCAGUGACUAGGAAAUGAGUCCAUCCUACCCAGGAGAAAAUCUAAGAGAUUUCCCCUGUGGGUGUUGCUAGAGAGAAAGGGUGAGAAGGAGGCCAUGUAAUUCUCUUUGAUGGGCUCAAAGUUGAUCUCCUACCAGGGUGACCGCAGACAUGGCACCAGGAGCUUGCACCCUGGCAGCUUUGCUGGAUGGUCUGUCAGCGGUGUUGGGCUUCUCUGACUUAGGUAGGAGGGUUAGCAUGCUGACUUCCCACUGCCCCACCCAAGUCUCAUCCACACCAGUGCUACUCCAGGGGGCCCAUGCUAGCCAGUCCCUCCCCCACAUGAGUUAAUAUGCUCAUGGAUGAAUAUUCUAGAAGGUCCUGGUCCCCUAUGUUCAAGGUGAGCCACGUGACCCUGGUUGGAGGCGACCUCUGCAGGAGCUGAGAAGGAGGAACCCAACUCUCACUCUCUCCCCCCAGCAAAUAGAUGUAGGAGUCUAUUCGAGGGUGGCUGAGCGCCUGGCAAACCCAGCUUUGUUCCUUCCUGCCCCCUUCAACCCCAACCACACGAGUGAUGACAUUUUGCUUGAGAGACAAGGGGUGCAGACCCUGACGCCUUUGGCCCCCCAAAGAGUCUGUUUUCCAUCACUCCCAGAGCCCCCAAUGAGGACCUAGCUUGGGAACUCUUAACUGUGGCUUCCAGAAUGUGCUGGGUCCCACAUGACCAAUCUGUGUAAAGGGAAAAAAAAAAAAAAAAAAGAUGUUGCCAUGGCAACCCUUGCAUUCCACCCCGAGUUUGCCAAGGCGCACAAAAAUAGGAAACAUUUCCUUAAAGAACAAACACUCGGGUUGUGCCUGCGUGCAUUCUGACUCCCUGAAUCCGUACCCCGCUGGUGAGAGAAAUUAUCCUCAAGAAUCUGGUGGUUUCUCUGCCUUUUCCUCUUCCACUUGGACCUGUCCUUCCAUUUGCUCAGCAGAAUGGGAGCUACCUGUGAGCCAGGUGGCCCCCGCCCCACCUCCCAGGACCCAGAGCGAAGACCCUUUUCUCUGGGCCAAAAGGCAGAAAUACCAUCUGGAAGGCAAAAAGAUAUAUAUAUCUUUGGAGCCUCGGUCUUUAAAAGCAUCUGUUUGCCUGUUGAGAAGCUCUCCCACAAGCCAGAAACGUGAACUAAAGUGAACUGAGGUUUCCUCGUGGUCUUUGGCAAGCCCAGGGGUUCCAGAAGCGUCUACCUGUUUUAUUUGCAGAGAACAAGAUGUGUAUGAUGAGGCUGCUUUCUUGGUACCUGCUUCCUGUCUCAAUUUUCAGCUGACAAAUGGUCUUCUCUCUGCGCUUAGCCUAAAGAGCCUAAUGAAAGAUGCUGAGCCCCGUUUUGACCAUGAUGCUUCAUCCCCACCUCCCAGCCAUAGAGUCCUGAAGUGAUGGAUCUCAGGACUGGGAGAGAGAGAUUUAUCUUUUAUUCCAAAUGCCUUCUCUCAGUGUAAGUCCAGACUCAGGUCAUAAAUCAAAGAGAGUUUGGCUCUCAACCCAUAGCGAGGAGCCUCCCUGGGACUGAAUGAGGGCGUGACCUGAAAAGUAAGGUGUGACCCCCCCCCCCCCCGAGCACAGCUCUGCGGCUUGGUGCGUGGCCACACGCUGGGAAGUCUUGUUCCACUGGACCCUCGCCUCCCAUCCCCAUGGGAGCUGCUGGGUUCUGCUGGUCCAGCUGGAGAUCUCAAACCAUAUUGGGUCAUUUCACUGCACUGACUAUGCCUCUAAAAGCCCCUGGUGAUGAUAUUAUUUGCCGUGUUCCACUGAGAUCUACAGAAGGUCUAAAACCCCACUGCAGAAAGAAGGGGCCCCUUCUCCCAUGAUGCCCUGAUGACACAGAUGGACUCGAGCUUCUAGACUUUGGCAGGUACUUCUUAUGUUACCAGGAGGACUUCAGAGCCGCCUUCCCUGGAGAACAUCUGUCUGGAAUGACCUCAGUCUGAUCAGAGAUUUCUCAUUGGCCUCUUCCAUGAUCCUUACGGGGCUAAGGGUCCUGUUAAGUCCUUAAAAUCCUAAAGACCUCGCCAUACCACCCUCCCUCACCACCUCGACUCCCCCCAGAGGGGGAAAACAAAACAGAAAAGAAGCCUCGUUCCGCAGCCAGGGUUUUCCAUUUGAAUCAUUUAAAGCAAUGGCGAAAAAGAGGAGACCUCGGGCUGCCUCUUAUGGAUGGACUCUGUCUCCGUGACAAUUUAAAUGUCAGAACUGUGCAGCUUCGCUUCCGGCUUCCUUUGACCAAGUCACUCAGGGGACUGUCCUUGGUUUGGGGGCCUUGUCGUAGACACUUGGCUGGGAGGGGAAAGGUCAGGUACACAAACCAGCCAAGGCUUUCUCUGGGUAGCCUAUGCGCUGUGCUAUGUCUGUGAUCAUUUUAACAGCUGUGGUGGGCUUGGGACCCUCUUUAUAAGGUCUCAAGAGACAUGCUAACAGUGCUCCGAAAGUCUUGAAGGCAAAAUUAAUUCGAUUCAGUUGGCUUGAAAUAUAAUCCCAAGAACCAGGUUUUGCCAGUCCUGCAAAGGCAGUCCUGUGAAACCGGGAAAGACUUGCUUGGCAUCCUGUCCCCUGCCGCUGCCUCGGGUAACUUAUCCACGGACCACAUUCCCCCACACCUACCCCCGAUCCCAUGCUGGGCGCAGCCCUCACCCACCCCUCUGCCUUGAGCGUGAUGGGUUGGCUUUCAAACCUGUGCUUCUCGAGUUGUUAGACGUUAUCGUCCAAGUAAAACGGAUGCAGAGGCUGGAGUUUUCCAGGGGAGGAGAGCAGCAGGAUAAUUAGGAAGGAAUGUUCCAGAGAAUGUGAAAUUCAAGUGUGAGGUCGUUGCUCCAUCCCUGGACCAGAGAGUCAAAGAAAAUUUUCAAAGGGCUGCAGAGGCUGACUGCCGAACAUUUCCCCGGGAUAUCUGGUCUACCCUGGGAACAUGCAGGGGCUUGAGUGCCAUGGGGCUGCUGGCUGCCCACCAACCAACCUGAUCCCAAUGCCAUGCGCUGGGAACGUCAAGAGGAGGCUGGUAGCUUGCCUUUCCUGACAGCCGCCAAGCCCAAGAGGCCUUUCCCAGGCAUCUGGGCACAGACCUGUGGAACUGAAGAUGGGAGAGAAAAGCUUAGCACUGACUGUGUAAGCAGCACUAUCAGCCAGGAAGGGCACAGGAGGCGGGACCCCAGGUGCCUCUGCCACCCACCAGCCAGAUAAUUUAGAGUGACUUCCCUUCCUGGUCUCAGGUUGCUCAUCUCUAAAGCAAACAGAAGGGUUAACCAGAGGUCUCGGAAGGGCCCUCCUAUCUGAAACAAAUCAAAGUAAAUGAGAGAGUUCCUAGCUCCCCCAUGAAUUGCAUUAGGGGCUGAUAGUUCCUUUUUUUUUUUUUUUUUUUAACCCAAGUCCCAAGAGGCAGUUGUAAUAAAGUGUCCCUUUUGGAGUCCAUUGUCUGUUGAUAAAAUGAUGCACGUCAGCUUCUGUUGAGUGUGUCUUGUAGGCAAGAGCUUUUGUAUACUCCCUAAGGACUUGCUGAUUCAAGGGAGCAUCCAAGAUGGGCUUUGUGUCCUGUCUGAGCCAGGGUCAACAUGAAGGGGGAGAGAUCCCCUUCCCACAGGUCACGUGAGUCAGAAUUCCUGCCUAAGGAGGGUAAAAUAAAGCCAGAUUCCGGGAAGAGAUGCUAUUUCCCCAUCUGACAAAGCCUAACUGGAAGCUACUGACUAAACAGCACAACUUCUGAUCAUGUCUUUUCUUUUCUUUUUUCUUCUGGACCCUGGAACAGCAGUUCUGGUAUAUGGGAUAGUGGUUUGUACUUAUUGGCAACGCUGCAGAAGGAAAAGUGUCAUGAUCCCUGGGUGAUGGUUAGGAAUUCGAUCCACAGCCUAGGGAGACCAGACACCUGCAGGGGUCCUUUGAUGGGUGAUGAGCGAUGCUGAGCCCAGGUGCCUACUUUAGAUGGGAUCCAACCAUGUUGAGGGAUAAAGGUCAGGGAGGAGCUGCAGGAGCCACAAAAGUCUCGUUUUUCUUGCCAGCAACAACCUCAAAUCCUAGGUGUCUCUCCUUCCUCCCCCUCCUGUGGAAGUAAAUGAAGGUCCUUGUCGUUGUUUUCGCAAGCUCUGCUGCUUUUCCUUCGAAAGACCUAGAUUGGCCAGGGAGGGGCUCUCUCAGCUCCUGAUGGAAAUUUACACUGUCUCGCAGCGUUCUCCAAGGAAAGUCCAAGAAUGUUCUUUCUUUCUGACGUGGAAAUCAGGCUUCAGGGGUCCUUGAAUGGCUUCUCAGUGGGGUUUGCGUUUCUCCCCCAGUUCUGAAUCCAAGAAGAAGCAGCUCUUUCUCCUCCAAGGACAAAGCAAGGACAGGGCCCUUGGAAGGAAAUCAGCCCCCAGAAACCUGGCCAGGGCGUGGCUUGGCAAGUUGUCAUCUGCUGGAGGUGGGGGCUAUUGCGAUCCUAGCAUCAUUAGGAUCCUUAGGUCAGAGGUCAAUGGCUGGAUGCAAACUGGAGCACAGCUGAGGAGCUUUACAACCGGGAUGACCGGAGCUGGGCAGAUCUCACAUCCAGAAGAAGCCACGAAGACUGAAGUCCCGGGUCACAACCUCCCCAGUUACCUCAUUCACGUCCCUUUUUCUUUGUCGUUCAGGUUGGGUUGGUGAUUUCCACUAGUAAACGAUGAGCGAGUCAGCAGAUUAGUCAAAAGAAAAUCUUUAUAUCAAAUGUAAAUACUAAUAUAAAUUAACCUGGCAUGCCACUUCACGGAGUCCAUGAAGUACGUAUAUAUAAAGGAAAACCAACUGCCAUAUUUACCAGAUGUUUUCUCUAACCAAACUUGUCUGUAAAUAUAUAAUCUGUAUAAAAAAAGAGUCUAAUUUACCAUUAUUUAUGCAAUAGAAAAAAAAAUAAACGUUUUCUGUUUUCUUUUGA